AUGGGAUUUUUACCUGCACCUGCGGACCUUAGCAACAGGGCUAUCAAAAGCCUAAAGAAGGAACUGGCAAAUGCCAACCCAACCCUGGAUUUGAAAGAGGUCCUCAACGGUACUUCGUUCACGAAGCCCAACUUGACCGUUCAAACUCCACCAAAAUCUCCAAUAGGGAACACCCAGGAACAACUGGCUCCGCUUUACUCUAGGUCGACUGUUGCUAAAAUUUGGGGUGUGGCACUCAGGCAGCUAGACAAGGAAGAGCCACCCAGCGAGUUUCCAGAGUAUACACAACCGCAAGGAACUCGCUACGUUAAUUCACCCUCGGACUUCUGGACAUCCGGUUUCUUUCCAGGAAGCCUAUAUUUGCUCUAUGAGCGUCAGCGAAAGUGGCCCAACAGGUGCCUAACAGCCUGCUCGAACAGUCCAUCAUCGCAGCCGCAUCCACUAACACUGCAAUACGCCUGCCGAUGGUGGUCCGCGAACCUGCACGGCCAAGCGAGUCGAUCAGAUACGCAUGAUCUUGGCUUCUUGAUACAGCCUUGGGCGCAGCUCGGAUGGGAACUGGACCAGGACAAACAAUGCUACAACAGCCUGGUGUCUGCCGCUCACGCGCUUGCAUCUCGCUUUAACUCAAGGGUUGGAUGCAUAAGGAGCUGGGAUACUUGUUUCACGAAGAGGUACGCAUUUGGUGACCCAAGUAAGGAUUACCUCGUCAUCAUCGACAACAUGAUGAACCUAAACCUGUUGUUCUAUGUUUCUCGAAUGACCAAUGAUCCUAGUCUCGCCGCACUAGCUACCACCCACGCCGUCACAACUCUGACUGCAAACAUCAGGGAAGACAACAGUACCUGCCACGUCGUCAACUUUGAUCAAGAAACCGGUGCCAUCAAGGAACGCAUGACAAAUCAGGGUUACUCGGACACCAGCUGCUGGUCUCGCGGCCAAGCCUGGGGAAUCGCCGGUUACGCUCAAACCUACGGCUGGACUCAUGACGAACGCUUCUUGGACGCUUCUCGGCGGCUGGCGGAUUACUUCCUAUCUCAUCUGCCCGAGGAUUUUGUACCUUACUGGGAUUUUGAUGCCCCGAUGCCCGGUCCACGAGACACGUCCGCAGCAUUGAUUGCCGCUUAUGGCAUGUUGCUACUGCACAACGCAAUAUCGGGCGAUACAAAGUACCUUGAGGCCGCCCUGCGUAUUAUCGCAGGUGUUAUUCGGAUAUCUCUGGCGCCAGAAGCGGACUUCGUGAGGACUUCGAAGGGGGACGAGGAGGUGGACCUAGGAGGACCAGAGACAAUUGUCUUGAAUGCGACAAUCAAUAAUUACGAAUUUGCGCCGAGGCGUUGGGCAGAUCACGGUUUGGUUUAUGCGGACUAUUAUUUCCUCUUAAUCGGCAAUACGCUGCUACAGAUGGGCUUGGUAUGA